AUGAUGUUCGCAGAUGAUAUUGUGAUAUACAGUGAAAUCAGAGUGCAACAGUAUGGUUUCAUGCCUAGAAAGAAUACCACAGAUGUAUUAUUUGCCUUGAGGAUGGUAAUUGAAAAGUACCGAAAAAGUCAGAAGGAGCUACAUUGUGUCUUUGUGGAUCUAGAGAAAGCCCACGACAGUGUACCAAGAGAGGCACUGUGGUACUGCAUGCGGAAGUCUGGUGUGACGGAGAAAUGUGUUGGAAUAAUACAGGACAUGUUCAAAGCAACACAGAAAUAUUCAACUUCGUGACGCUGGCUAAAUUGCGGGGGCUCAUCCGGGAUCUCUCCUCAUCAUAAGAAAUGCAUGACCACAUCCAGAGAUACCAGAACCACAUGUCAACAGCAUGGAGUUAGUGUGGAGCAUCAAGAAACUAUUGUUUUGACUAUCAAGUAGUGACCUUUAUCAGUUGGUAAAAGACAUUUCACUCACCGUUCACUUGAUGGGGACUUGAACGUGAAUGAUGAGGAAAGUUGUAUUGAAUAUGUGCUCACUUAUAUACAGUGUGAAACCUUGCUAAAACAUUAAAAAUUUAAAAUAUUUGAUAGAUAAACUAAUUAAUACUAGUGUCUGAAGUAAUAUUCCCGUUGGUGCGCCUAUGGGAAAAACCAUAUCUGAUAAACUCAUCACAUUUCACAUACGGGUCUAAAUGCUAAGGCACAACCUCAUACUCAUCGUGAACACACCGACACACAGUCACAGCAUGAUCUCAAUACACAUUCAAUUGCGAGAGUUGAGACAGUUAUGUGAGGAGCUGAGUGACAAGUUACGGCGGUUUACACCCACAGCAACUCUGUUAACUGCCACUGACCCGCACCAAAGUGAAGCAAGGCAACACCACACAUCACAGAGGACACCAGAGUGACCAGUAUCCCUAAGGGACCUUUCCUACCUACAGUGCAGAGACUUUAAAGUGUACGGUGGACAUAUUGGGGACCAGAACUCAGAUUUAAGUUAUAACAACAUCAGAAGACAAAUGGAUGAGGGAGUUUGCAGAGGCAGAUGUGGUCAGAGGUGUGCUAAGGAUCAUCAAACCUGGGGCCUUUAUAGACAUGCUUGUGAACAAAGACAAAUUGACGGUUUGUGAAGUCAAAGGUUUCCUCAGAUCCCACCUAGAGGAGAAAGCAACGACAGAGAUGUUCCAGGAAUUGAUGUGCGCCAGCAAGCAGAUCAAGAGUCGCCUCAGCAGUUCCUGUACCGUUUGAUGGGGCAUACACAGAGGCUUAUCCUUCAGUCCCGACAAGCUAGUGUAGACAUCUCAUAUGAUCCCAAGACCAUCCAAGAAGUCUUUCUCCACACAAUUUACAAGGGUUUAGGGACAAAGCAUGCUAGCAGCUGACCUUCGACAAAGGUUAAGAUCUCUCACCUGGAAUAGCCAAGUCAUUGAUGAAGAAAUACCCCGUCAAGUCAUAACAAGGAUAAAUGAAGAGAAUGAACAUCAACACCUAUUUGGAAUAAAAUAGUGGCGAAAGAUAACUCAAGUACACAGUGCUGAGGUUGGUAUGGAGGACAGUUACCACACUGACAGUUCAAUACAAACGCUGAUAACAAAGCCCUUCCGAAAAACACGUUACUGUUUCAUCCUCUAGUGAUUUCAGGUCACAGUCAACCAAACCCUCUCAGUCAACGGCCACCCAACAAGUUUGCCCAACUACUUGCCUCUGUCUAAAGCAGAUAAAUAACUGGAUGAGCCAAAAUUUUCUUAAUCUAAAUCACAACAAAACAAAGACAAUUGUUUAUAGCAACAAAGAAAAGUAAAUUGCUGUUAGUAAACACCUGGACUCUCUAUCUUUAAAAACCAAAGACCAAGUCUGAAACCUUGAUGUUCUGAUUGAUUCCGACCUGACUUUCAACAAUCAUAUCAAAUCAAUCACAAAAAUCGCCUUCUACCAUCUGAAGAACAUAUCUAAAGUGAAGUCUUGGAUGUGUCAAGCAGAUCAGGAAAAGCUCAUCCAUGCUUUUAUCCCAAGUAGACUUGACUACUGUAAUGGUCUUCUGACUGGACUCAAUAAAGAGUAUUAAAACAGCUGCAGCUUGUUCAGAAUGCUGCAGCUCACGUUCUGACCAAAACAAAGCGAUCAGAGCAUAUAACUCCAAUCCUCAAGUCCUUGCACUGGCUUCCAGUCAGCUUUAGAAUAGAAUUUAAAGUUCUGCUACUGGUCUAUAAAUCAUUAAAUGAUUUAGGUCCUGAAUACAUAAAAGAAAUGCAAAAUCUGAAUACAAACCCAGUAGAGCUCUGAGAUCGACUGACUCAGGUCAAGUAGAGGAGCGCAGACUCCAAAGUCCCAAAGAUUAGAUCUCAGAUAGCAUCCCAGCCCAACUUGAAAAGGCAUCGACACAUCAAUGGACUCAGCCAAGUAAAAUUUAGUGCAAAGCACCUUUAGUUGCAAAGAAAAGUCUACUUAAAGUGCUACUGUCAUGAAAUGGAUGAUUUUUUGGUAUAUUAUUAAUGAAAAAAAAUGCAGCCAAUAUGGUCCCAUGUGUUUUUUCACCACAAACAUGAUUUUGACGUAUACAGCUUUUUGUAACUCCCGCCAUGAAAAUGCUCUCAUGGAUUCAGUUUUCGAGAAGAAGCAAGAAGUGACGUACAGGACAGAGGCGCCCCCAAGUGGACACAAUUGUUUCUAUUAGUUUUAUCUGCGGGAAGGUAGCUCGUUGUUCCUCCAUGUUUGCCAAAAUGCCGGAUACUUGUAUUGCUGGAUAUUGCUCAAACACUCGGGAAGAUGGAUUUACCCUUCAUAAGUUUCCAACAGACCCGGUUCGUCGUGAAAAAUGGAUUGCACAGGUGCAAAGGACGAGAGCUUCGUGGGUUCCAAGCGACAGAUCUCGCUUGUGCUCUGCACACUUUGAGGAGUCAUGCUUUGACUCACGGCCAGCUCUGAAGGCAAAUUUGGGCUUCGCGGUCCGCUAUAAAAGGAUUCUGUUCGACACGGCUGUACCCACUAUUUUCCCUCAACCUGAACACGGACAGAGUGCUUCUUGUAAAAAAGACGCCCCACCUAAAAAAAAAGUCUAAGUCCAAGGCUAUUGAGAAGGGAGAGAAGUUACAAGUAUUAUCCGAAGCACUGGGCAGUGACUGUCACCACAGCUGGCACCGAAGCAGAGGAUUCGUUCCCUGAUCAAGAUGAUGUCCUUGAGCCACAGCAUUCCAGCUGUGGGAACCAGGCCUCACUUGGGUUGCCCAAAAACUAUUGGGAUACAGUUCAGACACAGAGGUCCCAGUCGAGGUGUCCAGACUCUGAAACCUGAGAUCUGUACUGUUGGUACUCAGACUGAUAUAACCUCCAUUAUCCUGGAGGAACAAAUGGAGGAAGAUGUACAAGUUGGCUCAUCGGCCAUGUUGUGCCAUGACGACUGGGAUUACGCUGCGUCUGACGCGUCACUGAGUUCUGAUAUUGGUUGUGCCGAACAUUUUACACCUCCAUCAUCUAGUACUGACUCCAAUGGUCCACGCAGUGCUGUUUUCAUUAUAUCCUGGUCUUCACAUAUUCAGCUAAUAGAUACUUGGUGCUCGUGUCCGCAGUGUGGAUGCCACUCCCUCAGAUGGAACUGCACCAUCCUUCAUCUUUUUUUUAUCUGCACGGAAUGUGGUAACCAGUCCAUAUGGUGUAGCCAACCUUUGUGUAGCAACACUCCUGCAGGAAACAUCAAACUCUCGGCUGCAAUCCUCUUUGCGGGCGUUUCUGUAACCAAAGUGUUAUGUGUCCUUGCACACCUCGGAGUGGCCAUCUACAAAGUGAGGACCUACUACCAUCAUCAGGAGCAGGUUCUGUUCGAAGCUGUGCAGCGUGUGUGGACAGAGAGACAGUCUUGGCUGCUGAGUGCAAUGCAGGUAGAGGAAGACCAUUCCAUCAUCUGUGGAGGUGACAGUCGUGCGGAUUCCCCUGGGCAUUGUGCCAAGUAUGGCACUCAUACAUUGAUGGAACUCCAGAAAUGUGCAAUCCUCGACAUUAAAGUGGUGCAGAGUAAUGAAGUUGGUGGCAGUUACCACAUGGAAGGUGAGGGACUACAGCGGGCUCUAGAGAAAUUGCAAGAAUUUGUUGAUGUUGGCGUACUCGUGACAGAUCGCAGCAAAUCAAUAAAAAAGAUGUUGCGGGUCCAAUACCCAAUCAUACAACGCUUGUUUGACAUGUGGCAUGUUGGCAAGGGUUUGAAGAAGAAGCUCAAGGUUGCCGCCUGAUUCCAAGGCUGUCAGGCGUUUGGUCCAUGGAUAUCCAGUAACAUUAAUCACCUGUACUGGUGUGUUGUUUCCACGGAGGGGGAUGAUAGGGAGCUUGUGGUGUCCAAAUGGAAGUCCAUCCUUCAACACAUCCAGAAUCUGCAUGAUGGAUUUCCAGGCCUAUUUUGCCAAUGUGCUCAUGGGCCCCUUGAAGGACGAGAACAACGAAAACCAUGGCUUAAGCGAGGCCACAGGCCUCCAAGGAGCUGGAGAAGAUCCUGAUGAGUACGACACUCCUGGCGGAUCUACAGCGCCUCUCCCCGGUUUAUCAGACAUCCGACCUCGAGGCCUUCCACUCCUUGGUCAUACAUUUCGCACCAAAAAUUUAUGCUUUUUCGUUCAAAGGGAUGGAAUGCAGGACAAUGUUAGGUACAAUGCACUACAAUGACAAUGCACAUCGAUCACAAAGUGCAACCGCAGAUGGCAAACUUCGCUACAGUCUUCAUUAUCCGAAGUACAAGAGUGGUGGCUUUGUCAUCCACAAAAUUCUUGAAAAUCCAGCUAUGGGUAUGUGACUGAUCUGAUGGCCAUCGUGGAGGCACUGUGUUGCAGAGUGCAAGAUGAUGAAGAAGACCUGGACUUUCUGACUCGAGACGAUCAACUGAGAGAACCUCUGAGUGCAGCCUGUGAAAAACCUGACAACGAAGAGGCUGUCUGUGCUCAUGUCACUCGUUUAAAAAAAAAAAAUGAAUUGUGAAACGUCACCUAUAUGUACAAUGAACAAAAAAUAAAUAAUGAAUGUUUUUUGGUAUAUUAUUUUUAUUAAGAUGAGACAUUAUUUCAUCCCAAAUAUUUCUAAUUUAUUCUACAUUCAACAGUUACAUUCUUGUCAAAGAAUUGGUGAUAACACCAUAUAUAGCACUGAGGAUGUGUUACACAAAAUGAAAGGAAACUAAUGUACAACAAAUGAUUGUUUUGUGCAAAAAUGUUAUAAUCAGUGAUUCCUGUAAAAACAAAGAAACAACUAAAAGUGGCCUUAGUUUUCAUCAUCAGUCUCACGAAAUCCCACGUAGUCUGGUGAGAAAAACUUCCCUCUUCUGAACAGCACAUGAAGGAAGAGGGACACGCACAUGUUGGCCUAGAAAUCCAUAGCACCAUCUCACAAAAUGUCUGUACGCUGUGUACCGCUUCCAUCUGAAAAUAAGCAAUAUGUAGUCACAUGUCCAUUUUGGACAAAAUAAACAUGCAUCUCACUUUCUGUGUUUGUUUGAGCAGCCAAAAUAAAUAUACAGA